AUGACAAUCAUUGGAUUGUGUGUUCUUGUUGCCGCGGUGACUUCACUGCCUCAAGAUUCAAUAUCGACAUCUUAUGGGAUCCCUGCAGUUGCUACAUCUGGAAGUGUCAGGAAGGCAGCUUCAAGUGGAAUAAGAGUCGCUUCAGAUGAAUCUGCUAAUGAAGGCAGCAGGGACUUUAGAGUUGAAGACGAUAGCAGCGCUUCUGAACUUGGAGCUCCUACGGGAUUUGCAGAUGAAGCAACUGGUACAGGAAGUGGUGGCUCCAGCAUUGGAGGUCCUAGUGGAACUAGCAGAGGAGUCACUGGAGGUUUGAGAGUCUCCUCUGGCGGCUUUGGUGCUGGUAAUGCUGGCAAUAACCAUGCUGGAGCUUCCUCUGGAUCGUUGGGACCUUUUAUUCCUAUCAUCAUCGACGAGCGCCAGGGCCCUGAUGAGUUCGGAAGGUACAACUUCAAUUUUGAAACUGGAAAUGGCAUCAUCCGUCAAGAACAAGGGGCCCCACAAGGAGAAACUGGUGCUGUAGCACAACAAGGUGCUUGGUCAUUCACCUUCCCUGAUGGUACUCCAGCCGAAUUCAGCUUCAUUGCUGAUGAAAAUGGUUUUCGUGUAGAAUCUAACCUGCUUCCUACACCGCCUCCUCUCCCACCACACGCCAUUGCUCAGAUAGAGAAGGCUCGUCAAGAAGCUAUCACUGAUCUUAGUUUUGAUGGGCAUGAAGGUUACAGUGAUCAGUCAUACUUAAGCUCUGGGCAGUUCUCAGUUGCUGGUCAACCAGGCUUUGGUCCAGGACAGGUUUCAGGCAUUAGCCAAUCAGGCUUUGGUUCAGGUCAUUUCAUUGGUGCUGGUCAAUCAGGCUCUCGUUCAGGAGAGCUCCCAGGAGCUGGCCAAUCAGGAUCUGGUUCAGGGCAGUUCUCAGUAGCUGGACAAUCAGGUUCUGGUCCAGGGAAGGUCUCAGAAAUUGACAAUUCCCGCUCUGGUUCAGAAACUGAACAGUUUUCAGGACAUGGACAAUCAGGCUCUGGUUCAGGUCAGUUUUCAGGAGCUGUUCAGUCAGGUCCUGAUUCAGGCCAGUUCUCAGGAAUUAGCCAUUCAAGCUCUAGUUCAGAACAGUUCUCAGAGACUGGACAGUUUUCAGGAGUUGGACUAUCAGGAACUGGUAUAAGGCAGUUCUCAGGAGCUGGGCAAUCAGGUUCCGGUUCAGAACAGUUCUCAGGAACUGGCCAGUCAGAGUCUGGUUCAGGGCAGUUUUCAAGAGCUGUACAGUCAGUAUCUGGAACAGGGCAGUUCUUAGGAACUGGACAGUCAGGCUCUGGUUCACGGCAUUUCUCAGAAUUUGGACAGAUUUCAGGAAUUGGACAAUUGGGUUCGGGUACAGAGCAGUUCUUAGAAACUGAUCAAUCAAGCUUUGGUUCAGGGCAAAUCCCUGGAGCUGGACAACCAGACUCAGGUCCAGGACAGUUCUUAGGAAUUGUACAAUCAGGCUCUGGCUCAGAGCAGUUUGCAGGAGCUGGCCAAUCAAGCUCUAGUCAAGGACCUCUCCUAGGAAAUGUCCAACAUAACUUUGGUUCAGGUGGACAAUCAAACUCAAUACAGCUUUCAGGAGCAGGGCAAACCGGCUCUGGCUCUGUCCAGUUCUCAAGAGCUGACCAAACAGAUCUUGGUUCAGGACAAUUUACUGAAGCUGGUCAUUCAGGAUCUGGUACAGUGUCGUUCACAGAAAAUGGACAGUCAAACUCUGUUUCUGCACAGUUCUCAGGAACUGGGUCUGGGCACUUACCCGGUGGUCCCCAGUCUGGCCAAACCUCUGGUGAUGACCAAACUAUCCUUGGAAUUGGACAUUCACGCUUUGAGUCAGGGCAGAUCUCAGGUGCUGAUAAGCUUGGGUCUGACUCCGGACACUUGUCAGUUGGUGCUUCCCAGCAAUCUGCCAGCAAUGAUUACGGUUAUCCAUGAUUACAUGCCAAAAUAAAGCUAUA